GAUGAAUCUAGCCGCGACUCGGAAGUUGCUCCCAGGGAGCACAUCGGCCCUGGCGGCUCUAUACAACCUCGAGAAGAAAAGCAGGAACCGGUGGUGGUUCGGCCAUAUCCACAGGUUCAGAUGUUGACACAGCACCACCCUGUCCAGUCUGGUGCCCCAGUGACAGUGACAGCACCACCAGCGCACUUGACUCCUGCUGUGCCGCUCUCCUUUUCCGACGGACUUAUGAAGCCUCCUCUGAAGCCCACCAUGCCCAGCCGGCCCAUUGCUCCUGCUCCACCCUCUACUCUCUCAGCUCCCACAAAGGUUCCUGGGCAAGUUACUGUGACCAUGGAAAGCAACAUACCACAGGCUCCAACAAUUCCUGUGGCAACAAUCAGUGGGCAACAGGGGCAUCCUAGUAACUUGCAUCAUAUCAUGGCUACCAACGUGCAGAUGUCUAUCAUCAGAAGUAGUGCUCCUGGGCCUCCACUACACAUUGGAGCUUCUCACCUGCCCCGAGGUGCAGCGGCUGCUGCAGUGAUGUCCAGUUCUAAAGUAACUACAGUCCUGAGACCAGCUUCGCAGUUGCCAAACGCAGCUACCGCUCAGCCAGCAGUUCAGCACAUCAUUCAUCAGCCAAUCCAGUCUCGUCCUCCUGUGACAACUUCAAGCACUAUUCCUCCUGCUGUGGUGGCAACCGUCUCAGCCACAAGAGCCCAGUCCCCUGUUAUAACUACAACAGCAGCACAUGCUACGGAAUCAACCCUCAGUCGACCCACCCUCUCUAUCCAGCAGCACCCGCCUUCUGCAGCUAUUAGUAUUCAGCGGCCUGCGCAGCCGAGGGAUACAGCUACUCGGAUUACACUACCCUCUCACCCAGCUAUAGGAACACAGAAGCCACAGCUCCACACCAUGGCUCAGAAAACCAUUUUCAGUACUGGUACUCCAGUGGCAGCAGCAACAGUGGCACCUAUUUUGGCAACGAAUACCAUUGCUUCAGCGACCACAGCUGGUUCUGUGUCUCACACCCAAGCGCCUACAAGCACCAUUGUCACCAUGACAAUGCCCUCCCAUUCUUCCCAUGCUACAGCUGUCACGACCUCAAACAUCCCAGUCGCUAAAGUGGUUCCUCAGCAAAUCACACAUACUUCUCCCCGGAUCCAGUCCGAUUACACAGCAGAGAGGAGUAACCUCAUACCCCUCUCUAGUCACCGGGCGUCUCCAAACCCAGUAGCAAUGGAAACCAGAAAUGAUAACAGGCAGUCGGUGCCUGUCCAGUUCCAGUAUUUCUUACCAACGUACCCGCCCUCUGCCUACCCUUUGACUGCGCACACCUAUACCCCCAUCACCAGCUCAGUGUCCACCAUUCGCCAGUAUCCAGUUUCAGCCCAGGCACCCAACUCGGCCAUCACGGCUCAGACCGGCGUGGGAGUGGCCUCCACUGUCCACCUCAACCCCAUGCAGCUGAUGACCGUAGAUGCCUCUCAUGCCCGUCACAUCCAGGGCAUCCAGCCGGCACCCAUCAGUGCCCAGGGCAUCCAGCCGGCACCCAUCAGUGCCCAGGGCAUCCAGCCAGCACCAAUUGGGACACAAGGACUGCACCCCGCUGCGCCGAUUGGCACGCAGGGACUGCAGCCAGCACCAAUCAACGCUCAGCAGCCACAAGCCGACACCAAGACCUCAG